AUGCUCCAAUCAACAACCACCAAAACUACUGAAAAGAUUCUAAACAUUGCACUCAUGGGUUGUACUGAUAGUGGAAAAUCUGAGGUUGCAGGACUCUUCCGACACUUUCAUCAAAAUCCAAAUCGAAAUUCCUAUCCGUGUCCCACACGAACCGAUCGAUACUAUCCGAGAAAGUAUUCACCAUACUUUAUUGCUACACGUUGCAGUAGAGAUUAUUAUGUCUCUGCUAAUAUGGCCUUUGUUUCUUUCGAGAAGGAUGAAAACUCUUCCUUGCUGCAAUUUAUUGAUUCUGGAGCUUUGUCCAUGUAUAUAAAGAAUCAGUUGGGAGCCAUUUCGAUGGCAAAUGUGGCAAUUCUCAUAAUUAAUACUCAUUUCAUGAUGGAUUCACACGACGAGUAUGUUGAAGAGUUGAAAAAUCAAUUGAUUGCUGCGAGAGUUAAUCAAGUUAGGGAGUUUGUUGUUUGUGUGAAUGGAAUGGAUUUGUGUAAUUAUGAUGAGAAUGAAUUUAAAAGAUCAAUUGAGAGGAUUGAACCAAUUUUCAAAGAGAUUUUCGAAAAAUCGCUAACAGAUUACCAAAUAAUACCAACCAGUAUAUUUACAGAGGAUAAUUUACUCUGUCAUUCGCAACAAUUAAAUUGGUAUAAGGGACCAACACUAUACGAAAGCCUUGAGAUGAUAUCUCAAUCGAUGGUUUUUGAAAAAUACUCUGGUUUAAGAUUUAUUAUCAUUAAGGAGAUGUUCAUUUCUGGAGUUGGAAAAAUUAUUUGUGGAAAAGUUCAAUGUGGUCAACUAAGAAAAGGACAAACUGUUUUACUUCCACUUAAUAAUAGUUCAUUUGUAACUAGACAGGUUAUUGACCUUGAGAUUAAUCAUGAAAAAGUAGAACAAGUAGAUAGUAAUACAAUUUGUGGAGUGUAUCUUGGAGAUAUUCCACAUAAUCUAGUCAGAACAGGUUUUAUUGUAAGUGAUGAACUAGAUCAAUUGAAACCUGUCGUUUCGUUCGAGGCCGAAGUUGUUCUGAGGGCAGGAGUCAAGGGAUUUAGAGUUGGUGCCAUUCCUAUAGUUAGUUGUUCCCUUCAGCACAUCUCUUGUCGUAUCAAUUCCAUUCAAGAACAAAAGAAGGUGAAAAUUGUAACCAUGACACCAAUCCAUAACAUUUUAUUUAUGGAAAAUUAUACGGAAAAGGGUGGAUUUUUAGGAAGAUUUCUAUUAAGGGAGAAUGGAAAAAUCAUUGGCUAUGGAAAGGUCAUUCAUGUUCAUUUCAAUUAA